AUGGGGAGGAAAAGCUUCCAAGAAGCCCCGGAGUCCCACGAUGCUGCGAUGAUCUGCGAUGGAGGGAUGAAGGCCUCGGCGCUGUCGGAGCUGCGCUUCGCGAAGGAGGGCUUGGACUUCCGCCGCCGGGACCUCGAGGAGGCCCGGAAGCGGCUGCGCGCCACCCAGCGGCGCCUCGCCGCGGCCUGCGAGGCCUUUCGGGCCGAGCGUGCUGGGCUUCAGGCAGAGCUCCGGGCCCUCGGCCAAAGCGGAGAGCAGCUGGGUCAAAGCUUGGCUUCUCAACAGGUGCUGCUGCAGCAGCAGGCUGAGUCGUUGGACCACGAGCGGCUGACUGUCGACGUCCUGAAGGAUGAGGUGCGGCGGAUGCGGGAGGAACAGCAGAAGUCGACAGUUCGGGAGGGGCCUCCGGACGCUCGCCCGGUGAGAGCCGCCGAGAGCUUCUGA